UUUCUGUUCAUGCUCAUUUCACAUUUCUAUUUACUUCACUUUCUCUUCUCACUGCACGUUCGCUGUGUCAGUGUGUCUUAUUGAAUGACAGCUAACUUAACAUAUUCAAAAUUCUUAAUUAAGGUACCUAAUUUGAUCCCUUACUUUGUCAUAAAUUUCUGCCCUUUAUCAAUUUCAUCCACCAUUAAGAAAUUUGAAUGCUCAACUACCGGAAAGCACGCUUAUGGACGAUUUCCUAUUCUAGUGAAAGCAAUUGUUAAUCCGGAUUACUAUUUUCCUUGUAACUACUGGUCCAGUUUAGUUCUAAUCAUGGGGAAGAAAAGCAAAGGGGGGUUUUAUGCAGUGGCUCGUGGGAGACAGGUUGGAGUUUUUACGACAUGGGAUGAUUGUCAAAAACAAGUGAAUGGGUUUGCCAACGCGAGGUUUAAAAAGUUUGAAUCACAAAGCGAAGCUGAAACAUUUAUUGGUGAAAAUGGAGGAUUUUCAGGAUUGACCGUGGCCAAACCUGCAAAUAAUAUUGUCUCUGCAUCAUCGUCUUUAACGGUGUCUUCUUCUAUCAUCACUGGAAGUAGCAAUAACAAACAAGGAUUUUCAAAAAGUUUUGGUCCUUCUUUAACAAACCACGUUCCAAAAGAGUCCUACACGGUAUCACUAGCUCGACCUUCCAUAUAUCAAUUCCCAAGCGGACCUCCUUCCAGACUUGCACAGACUCGGACUGCGAUAUUAAUUAAUCCUCUAAGUCGCCCAACUCCUUCUGCCGAAAGCAGUGACUCGACACGCGGCAUAAGAACUUCUGCAACGGUCGGAAAGAGGGGUUUGAGAGUGACAGAGGACAGAGUGACGGGUGUAAAGAGGCAAAAGACCGACGCCAAUGUUGGGGUGGACAUGUCGACAUUUCAAGUUGAUGAAGAAGGUUAUGUCACAGUAUUUACGGAUGGGGCAUGUUCGGCAAAUGGAAAGAAAGCUGCCAAGGCAGGAAUUGGUGUUUGGUUUGGAGAUGAUCAUGAAUUGAACAUAUCAGAACCAGUUAUUGGACGACAGACAAACAAUACAGCUGAAAUUCAAGCUGCUGAACGAGCAAUUGUACAAGCAAAAAAUGCAGGUAUAACCAAGUUGAAACUCAAGACGGACUCACAAUUUACAAUAAAUUGUGUGACAAUGUGGUUGAACAAAUGGAGGCGAAAUGAUUACAAGUUGGCUAACGGGAACGACGUAAAAAACCGAGAAGAUUUAGUGAAACUAGACCAAGCUAUGAGCGGAAUUGAAAUAAAAUGGUCGUACGUGCAAGGACACAAAGGACAUUAUGGCAACGAACGAGCUGAUUCUCUAGCUGUCGCAGGUGCCAACAAGUGAUAUAGCAAAUACUGAGCAAAUCUUAAAUAUAUAUAUGCGACCUGACUGAUUAAUUAUAUAUUAAUACAUAAAAUUAAACGAAAUGAAUGCACCAGAAGAAAACUUCCAAUAAUAAAGUGUAUGCGGUUUUA